GACCAGCUUUCUCCUCGGGCUCUACCAUUCCCACCCCUCUGUUCCCACUCCACUCCAGCUUCUCCACCUUUUCCUCUUCCCUGGUCACUCACACCCCCACAUCCUGCCACCCACCCUCUUCCUCAGGCUCUACCACCACCUCUGUUUCAGGUCCAGGCUGUCAACUCAUUGUGGGUGGUUCUCCCUCUGGGAAAGGGGGAGGAGGGACCGGGACCUGAGUUGCACAAUGGCUGUCUGGAUGGGCUUAGGAGCCUUUUUGAGGGACCCCCUUGCCCCCAUCCUGGGGCUUGGAUACCUUUCCAAGCUCCUGGAUCUCCUCGACCUUCCCCCGAUACCCCAUCAAGAGAUCAGAGCAUGGAGGAACACCUGGCGGUCAUGCAUGAGAAACUAAGACAAGAGUUGCCUACCCUCUUUCUUCGCUCCCAUGACUACACUCUGUACUCAAUGGAUGUGGAGUUCAUCAAUGAGAUCCUGAGCAUUCGUACCAAGGGCCGGACAUGGUACGUUAUGUCCCUGACCCUUUGCCGCUUCCUGGUUUGGAACUAUUUUGCACAGUUUCGGCUGGAGAUUCUACAGCUGACCCGCCACCCUGAGAACUGGACCCUGCAAGCCCGCUGGCGUCUAGUAGGCCUGCCCAUACACAUGUUCUUCAUGCGUUUCUACAGGCGUGAUAAAGAGGAUCUUUACCGGACCUUUGAUGCCUAUUCCACCUUCUACCUGAAUUCCAGUGGCCUCAUUUGUCGCCAUCACCUAGACAAGCUGACACCCUCACACUCGCCGUCAACGCCUGUCAAAAAGCUGCUAGUGGGAGCCCUGGUGGCCCUGGGGCUGUCAGAACCAGAGCCCAACUUACACACGUGUUCCAAGGCCUGACCCAGACUUGGGUCAAGGCAUCACUGAAGACUUUGCUACGCACAAGAGGAGGUGAAGGUGGACAAGAAUGUCGAGGGCCAGCCACCUCCCUCCAUGCUCUCUCUUUCCCAUCUCAUGCUGUGUAAAGCUGCUGUGUAAUUUAAUUUGUAAAUAAUAAAGUUUAAGCAACGAUGA